AUGACGAAAGCAGCCACUGUCCCACCGUUGAGCGUCAUCCGGCAACCACCCUUCUUUGAGGAUCCUACGAUUUUGGUCCCCAUCGUUUGCGCCAUUGUGGUUCUUGUCGUCAUUAUAAGUGUGACUGCUUUUGUGGUGGUUUGGAAGAGAAGAGAUCCAGCAGGAGAAGCUCCGUCCGACAUUUAUUCACGAGGCUCCGGAGGUCGAGCUGACGAUAUUUCCAUGAGUUCCUAUGGUAAGGCAAAGGGUAAUUCCGUUUAUGACUCCCAGCGAGAGCCUUUGUAUUAUCCUCUGCCUUACGCCACCACACACAUUCCAAACCACGCCCUUCAGGACCCCACAUCCGCAUCACCAGAACAGAGCCUUCAAAGGACCCGAGUUGGAGGACGAUUAUCAGAACAUACCUAUGACGUACCCCAACGAGUCCAGCAUCGUCACAACGUGCCUCAUCAUCAAUACUCCCAACUCUGGGCUAAUAACAGAGGAUUUUGUGAAAAACCCUCGUUGAUGAGCUCCAGAGGGGACAUUGAUGACUUUGAUGUAGCAAUAGCAAUGGCGGAAAAAUAUGCUGCAUUCAGACUUUCACAAACAAGGGCCAAUCAGGCCGUGCUGAUGGAAUCAUCAGGGUGGAGUUUCGUUGUUACCCAACUUGCUCCAAAGCAAGUCAUUCCCAGCUGGUUGUUUGUUAAUGAUCCGGAAGAUUUGCCAGCAUUCCAGGAGGAAAUGUGUCCUAAUAUAGAAGAAUACGAUGAAGAGUCUUUGGAUCAAGAAGAAAUGUCGGAAACAGAGUGUGAUAGAGAUUGUAUUGGAGUAGAGAGACAAAGAAAAUAUGUCUCUGGAAGUUACAGUCGUGUAGGUGCUGUUAUUGUUUGUUAAUUUUUAUGGACGCUGAAACGUAAAACAGCAUUACUGAUUGCUAUAAGGGACAUUAUAGUAUGUAAGAAGAUACAUUGGGGGGGGGAUGCAAUGUACCAUUGCUAUUGCUACAUGUAAGGAAAAUGAUUGCUUUUGUGUGAUACGGGUAAACUUUUGAGUUGUUUCAUGUAUCUUUAUAAUCAUACAUAUUUUCAGCACAGUAAAGAGCAUGAAUUAAUGGUACCCCCCUACUUUUACUACCACGAAAUUUCCUUCCCCUCUGUUUUUUAGUUUCAAU